AUGGGUGUCGACGGCUGGGUGGACAUUCACGGGCACUUCAGCCCCCCCCUGUCCGAAGAGGCACAUCGGUCUUUUUUUGAUCUCGCCAACAAGAACUGCUUCUUGCUAUCUGAACCCUGGAAAUGGACAUACCAGGACACACUGUCGUACAUGGACAAGGCAAACAUAAAGUUCCAGUUCCUCAGCAACAUCCCGGGAUCAUAUGAUGCUUUGAAAGCAUCCAACGACUACGGAGCGUUCAUCGUGGCUCAGCAUCCAUCAAGAUUUGGCCUGCUCGCUGCAAUACCCACCGAGAAUCCAGAAAACGCACUCUCUGAAAUUACUCGGGCUCAGGGACCCCUCCAGGCCGACGGGUAUGCUGUUACAUGCUGCUACGACGGAACAUACCUGAGCGACCCCAAGCUAGAUCCUGUGUGGGAGGAAUUGAAUCGGCUUCAAGCGGUCGUGUUUGUCCAUCCCAAUGCCGUGGCGCCGCCGACACUUGGACGGCCCCAACCUCUGAUAGAAGUAGCUUUUGAGACGUGUCGUACACUCGUUUCCAUGCUGUAUAGUGGACACUUUGCAAAGUAUCCCGACAUCAAGUUCAUCGUUGCUCACUGCGGAGGCGCGCUGCCAGUUCUUGCCAGCCGUCUUCAGCUCCUCGGCUGCGCGAGCUGGGUUCCCAACCCGCAAGGCCUCACUCCCGAUGACAUUAAGACCCAGCUGAGCUCUUUAUACCUUGACACGGCUGCUUCAUGCCCGUCUGGCCUCGGCCCGGCCCUGGAGAUGACAUCGGCUUCACAUAUAGUGUACGGCGCUGACUGCGGUGUUGCCUGCUCAACGGAGGAGACAAUGGAGGCCAACAAGGCUGCUCUGCUCAAUUAUGAGCGGCUGAGCAAGAUGGAGAUCGAUGCCGUCGGGACUAAUGUUCUUGCUUUAUUCCCAAGAGUUGCGGCUAGAUUGAGCGAAUCGAAGUAA